UCAAACAGCCUGACAACGUUGUAAUAUCCUUUUUCUCGUGAAGCCAUCUUGGCAAAUACUUAAUCGGUACAUUUGUGGUGAAUUUAAUUUCAAAUAUUUAAAUAUGGGUCGAAUGCACGCACCAGGAAAAGGUAUUGCCCAAUCGGCAUUACCGUACAGAAGAAGCGUUCCUACAUGGUUGAAAGUAACACCUGAGGAAGUAAAAGAUCACAUAUUAAAAUUAGGAAAGAAAGGAAUGACUCCAUCCCAAAUAGGUGUUAUCCUUAGGGACUCGUACGGAGUGGCGCAAGUAAGAUUUGUUUCCGGUAACAAAAUUUUACGUAUUAUGAAAUCUAUGGGAAUCGCUCCCGAUCUACCGGAAGAUUUAUAUCAUUUGAUUAAAAAGGCAGUAGCUAUUCGUAAACAUUUGGAACGUAACAGAAAAGAUAAAGACAGCAAAUUCAGGUUGAUUUUGGUAGAAUCGCGUAUCCACCGUUUGGCCAGAUACUACAAAACCAAAAGUGUACUCGCUCCAAAUUGGAAAUACGAAUCAAGCACGGCGUCUGCUUUGGUUGCUUAAGUUUGUGCUUCGUAUUAAAUUAAAGAAAUUAAAAAUUUUUGACUAAA